CCUCCUGCUCCCCCGCCGCCCCCUCAGUGCGCUUGUGGGUCUCUGCUGCUGCUGCUGAGCUCCAGGACUCUCACAGGUGACGCAAUGCCUCAGAUUGAUGUGAACGUCAAGGGUAGAAGAGGAGGAAUGCGUCCCAACACCUGGAAAGCAAAUGGUCCGGUCAAUGGUCAUGCCCCAGGCACAACUAUUGUUAAUGGAACCGCCUCUCAUAAUGGCUGCCCAGCUUCUGCCACUAAGAACAGUGAGAGCACACCAGCUGGCAUCCUGAAUGGUACCAAACCACAACACAUGGUUAAUGGUUAUAUGAACCACGGGCACAGAGGCAAGUAUACUAAAGCAGCGCCCCCGGGGACGCUCAGGAAACGAGGAGGUGCUGUUUCUGCUGUGAGUGAUGCCUCCGCCGGGGUCAGCAGCAGAGACAUUUCAAAUGGUGUCUCGGUCAAUGGAGCCGCCAGUUUAGACUUCGUAGCUUUGCUUGGUAAUUGUGAGGAAACAGCACCAGGGCCGAGCCUGUCGGCCUCAGCAGCAGCAGUGAAGGACCAGAGGAGAAGGAAGAAGAUCAGACGUAAGAAAAGGCUACGAACCCUGUAUGGAAGUGAUGAUUGCCCAUUGCAAAGAGACCCUGAAGUCGCCUCUGUGCCACCACAAGAGGAGGAAGACUGGGAGAGCGAGAUCCAAGACGUCACAGUCACUGGCUGGGAAGAGCUGUGCUUCGGGCGCUGCCCCUAUGGUCCAGAGGAUGUGCUUCAUUUCGCUUUGCGGGAUCUGACACUAAAGCAAAGAGACCAAGUCAACCUGCAUCUGACGGCCAACUACACUCCUGCCAAACGCCACCGACAUCCUCUCAAGAUUUCCUGGCUCUCCACUCCCCCUGAGCCAGGCCAGUUUGAAGACGCUGACGAGUAAGCCAGACAUUUUCUGUCAAGUUAGAGGAGUGCGUAAGUCCUCACUUUAAAAAAAUUAACUUUUUUAGUUAGCUCCUAAUGGCACUGUGCCGAUUUUUCUUGUUGUAGGGCCCAUCCCGAGAAUGUUUGUUCAGUUGUUAUCUUUCUUGUUUGCACUAAUCUUAAACAUUCAAUUUACAACUUUAGGUUAGUAUCUAUGCAAAAUCCAAUUGUUGAAUGCUAUUGGAGGAUGGAGUCUGGGUUGAAAUCACAUUGUUUUUUAUCAUUGGUUCUAUUUUAUAUUCAGAUUUUAUAUUUCUUUUAAAUCGCUAGAUUAAUAUCUGUUAGGCAUCUGUGAUCUUAAGGAAUGAUUUUAGUUAAUGUCCCACUUCGGUGACUUUUUUCAGGAUUGCUUCUGCUGUUGAAUUACAUAGCUCCAUCAUUUUGCUCGACUUUUAAAGAACUAAAAUACUAGUUUCUAUCUUUUAAGUUUUUGUGUUUGAAUGCAUUAGUUUCGUCAUUAGUUGAGCGGUUAUGCAUUCAAUUGUAUUGUUUAUUUAUUGCACAUGUUCACAACAAACACAUGAAGAAGAAGAAUCUUAAUUUGGGACAGUCGACCUUACCAAGAAAUUAUGGAUUGAUUGUGUAACAGCGACAAAACAUUAUCUGUCUGUUUAGAUCUUCAUUCUCAUAACAAGAAUAAAUCAAUUUUGAUUUCUA